AUGGCCGUUUGUGUUCAAGCCAGCAUGGAAUCGUCGUCCAGCAAGGAGAAUCGAGAGCAUUUGAGUUGGAGAGACUUGGUCGAGGUCAUCUUUACCAAGUUUGUCACGGGGCCGCGUGAGAAAGAAGAGGUGCCUCUUCCACAACCGAUGAAAGUGAUUGGGGCGGGCUUGGGUCGAACGGGGACUUCUUCCUUUGUGGUGGCUCUACAGAGGCUUGGGUUAAAAUCCUAUCACUUUCAAGACGGAGUCGUGGACACACCGGGGCGCCAUUGCGAUCGUUCACCAGAAUGGACGCGGAAAUGUGGAAGAAAUUAUUCAGGGGAUAUCCACACGGCAGACUAUCCCACAUGUCUCCUGUAUCGAGAAUUGAUGGAGGAAUACCCAAAUGCUUUGGUUGUCUUGACGGUCCGUGGAGGGGGAAAUGAACAAGAGGAGGCACUCUCGUGGGCUAAAGCAUGGAAACGGUUCUGCAUGCCAGUCAUGUCACGGGGAAACGAAUGCCCUGGAGAUGGCUAUUGCGCAAAUUUCAUCAACUUGGAGAAUGGUAUUUACCAAAGGUACCUUGGGACCCCAACACAAAACUUCCAGAAAAGAAUGCCAUGGCCAUGGCUUAUCUUUCGUGCUCGCGAUGGUUGGAAACCACUGUGCGAUUUUUUGUCUCCGGUUGACCCCAUUGUCUGGGAAAAUUGUCAAACGCUCGUUGGGACACCUUACCCGUGGGUCAAUGACAAGGAUGAGAUUGCACGUGCAGAACUCGUGUUUUGGACUGUGGCUGUUGCAUUUGAAGGAAUUUUGUGGUUGCUUGGAUUUGCUUUGAUUUGGUUCCUCUCAAGGCAGUUGCGACGAGGGACAACAAGAGAUAGAUCCAAAGAAGACUGA